AUCUUGCAACAGUGGGGAGGAGAAAAGGGCGGGAAAGGCGCGGUGCAGAGGAAGCUGCGGAGCUUGGGGGAGCCGCCCCAGAGCCUCCCUCAGGCCGGCCGUUUUCAGGAAACGUCGUCUUCGUGACCCUGCUCGAGCAGAGGCGGAGCCAGGCGGGCCUGCCAGUGUCUCACUCACCACCGCUACCUUCUCCUUCACCGCCCGUAGUCUUCGGCAGCUGCCCCAUGGCAGCAGCCACCGCAGCGGCCCCCGCCGGCAGGCACCUCCUGAGCGCUCUCUGCGGGCAGCCCCGCCGGCUGUGGCGCCCGAGCAGGCCGAGCGCCCCCUGGGGCGGUGCCGCUUCCAUCCGCUGGAGCAGCAGCGCCCCCUUCCUGAGGGGGGACUACCGGGAGCUGUACGAGCGGGCGGCCAGGGAGCCCGGCCCUUUCUGGGGGCGGCUGGCCCGGGAGGCGCUGCUGUGGGACGCCGCGCACCACACGGACUGCGAGUGGGAUUUCGCCCGAGGCCACAUCCGCUGGUUUUUAGGCGGCCGCUUAAAUGUGGCGGUUAACUGCUUGGACCGGCAUGCACAGUGUCAUCCAGACAGAGUAGCUUUGAUUUGGGAAAAAGAUGAACCUGGCAGUGAAGAAAAAGUCACCUACAGGGAGCUUCUGGAAAUGACUUGCCGCCUUGCUAACACCUUAAAGAAAAAUGGGAUUAAAAAAGAGGACCGAGUUGCUAUCUAUAUGCCUGUGUCUCCCUUGGCAGUGGCUGCAAUGCUGGCUUGUGCCAGAAUUGGUGCUGUCCACACAGUUGUUUUUGCUGGAUUCAGCGCAGACUCUUUAGCAGGGAGGAUCAAUGACUCGGAAUGCAAAGCUGUCAUUACCUGUAACCAAGGACUCCGGGGAGGACAGGUCAUAGAACUGAAGAAGACUGUGGAUGAAGCAGUGAAGAACUGUCCCAGUGUCAAGUGUGUCUUUGUGGCUCAGAGAACGAGCAACAAAAUCCACAUGGGCAGUUGUGAUAUUCUCCUUGAAGAAGAAAUGGCUAAGGUAGAUUCAGUUUGCCCUCCUGAAAUCAUGGACAGUGAAGAUAUGCUUUUUAUGUUGUAUACAUCAGGAAGCACAGGAAAACCUAAAGGAAUUGUUCAUACCCAGGCUGGCUAUCUGCUUUAUGCUGCCUUAACGCAACAGCAUGUAUUUGACUACAAAGAAGGUGACAUUUUUGGUUGUGUGGCUGAUAUUGGCUGGAUCACAGGACACAGUUAUGUUGUCUAUGGACCACUCUGCAAUGGAAGCACUACUGUUCUGUUUGAAAGUACUCCAGUCUAUCCUGAUCCAGGUCGCUAUUGGGAAACUGUGGAAAGAUUAAAAAUUAAUCAGUUUUAUUGUGCUCCCACUGCAUUACGUUUGCUGCUAAAGUAUGGAGAGGAAUAUGUGAAGAAGUAUGACAGAUCUUCUCUAACUACCCUUGGAUCAGUGGGAGAACCAAUAAACCAUGAAGCUUGGCACUGGUUCUACAAUGUGGUGGGAGAUGGAAAGUGCACUCUUGUGGAUACUUGGUGGCAAACAGAAACUGGUGGCAUUUGCAUUGCUCCUCGGCCUUCAGAAAAAGGAGCUGAGAUAAUACCAGCCAUAGCAAUGCGGCCUUUCUAUGGGAUCACCCCAGUUCUGAUCAAUGAGAAGGGAGAAAAAAUAGAAGGCAAUAAUGUGUCUGGUGCCCUCUGCAUUGCACAACCCUGGCCAGGCAUAGCACGGACUAUCUAUGGAGAUCAUCAGAGAUUUGUAGAUGCUUAUUUCAAAACUUACCCAGGAUAUUAUUUCACAGGAGAUGGUGCUUAUAGAACUAAAGAAGGCUAUUACCAGAUAACAGGGCGAAUGGACGACGUCCUAAACAUCAGUGGGCACAGACUUGGAACUGCAGAGAUUGAAAAUGCCAUGGAUGAACAUCCUGCAGUACCUGAAACAGCUGUGAUUAGUUUUCCCCAUGAUAUCAAAGGGGAGGUUGCAUUUGCUUUCAUUGUGCUAAAAGAUGACAUGGUAAAUCCAGAAAUAGUUACCAAAGAGCUCAGAGCAAUAGUUGCCUCCAAGAUAGCCAAGUAUGCUGUGCCUGAUCACAUCCUGAUCGUGAAGCGACUUCCCAAAACCCGUUCAGGAAAAAUCAUGAGGAGGUUGCUGCGGACAAUAGUGACAGGCAGUGUUAGUGACAUGGGAGACAUCACAACACUGGAUGAUCCCAGCGUCAUCACAGAAAUCCUGGAUGCUUACAAGCAGUACAAAAUUAAGCACCCUACCUUGUAAUUGGAAGCUCUGGAGGUUCCAGAACUUCAGAAGAAACCUCAAGGAUCAAAUGGGAUCAUCAAGUCUACUCAUGCUCUGUCAGAUAAUUCUGCUUAACUUAGUCAUGUGAGGAGCAGAAGAUUCUACUCCAAAAAUUUCUGUCUAUUAAUAUUGUUUUGUCUGUUUCUCUGUCCUUCACUAUGUUUUUCUUUUUUUCUGAAACUAUCGAACACAUAGCUUUGAUUCUACUGUUUUAGAGACUUUCUGCCUUAAAGACCUUAAAAGGCACAGAGUAUGGAAACUAUGUCUCAUAUCUGUGCCUCACAAAAUAAGAAGCACCAUUUUGGGCUUUGUCUUGGGAAAAUCAUUCCAAAUGUCCAUGCUCACUGAGUGCUUGAAUUCCUUUGCAUAUGUAAUUGCACAAAUACAGAUACUUCAAAACUUCCUCAGUUUUGAAGGAACAGUAAGAAAAAGCAUUCUUCUAAAUUUUAAGCUUUUGCUUAGCCAAUGCUUUUGAACAUGUAUGAUUCCUUUUUAGUAACAUAUCAUAUUAUAGUAAGUAUGAACAUGAAGUUUUUAAUACAUCAAGUAGGAGAAGGCAGGAAGAUUGCUGUAAAGUUGCAUUGACUAUUCAUUUUUUCACUUGGCAAAAAUAGCUUAUUUUUAUAUAAGAGAGUUCUGUCCUCUCCUUUAAGAUACUGUAAAUACUUCUUACUUCAGGCUAGAAAUGUGCCUGAAUUGGCCCAAUGGACCAGCAGGAUGAGUUUUUAUUACUCUCUAAACAAAUAGAAGUGCCUUGAUCAGCUUAUUUGGGUUAUCAUUUUUGUCCAACUCAUAAUUCAGUUGUACUUCUUUCCUGUGUGGGUUGCUUUAUGAUAAGUGAAAAACCAAUAUUAUUUUGGGAUUGAAGAUAAAGCAUGUUGCAGUGUGAAAAGAAAAAUAUAAGAGAAGUCACACAACCAGGAUGUGCUGGCACCUUAAUGAGGAACUGAUUUCUCUGAAUACUGCAUUCUUUGGCAAUGGAGAGAUAGUGUGGUAUAGUGGUUAGAAUGUUGGACUUAGGAUCUGGGAUGUCCACAUUCAGUCAUGGAGUUCACUGGGUGACUAAUCCCAGGCUCUCAGUCUAACCUACCUCACAGGGUUGUUGUGAGGAUAAAAUUGAGGAGGAGGAAUAUUGUAAGCUUCCUUCAGUUCCUUGUCAGGAAAAAAGAUAGGAUAUAAAAUAGAUAGAUAGACAGAUAGAUAGAAGUGCUCAGGACAUUUGAAAUAGAAUCAGUUCUUGCUCAUAUCCUUUUUCAUGAAAGUGAAUUUAAGUUAGGAAUAAUGGAAAUAAAUAUAUUCUUUAGUAAAGAUGA